AUGGAAAGAGGGUUGGGCGGGCUCGGGCCGGGGCCUGAGGGGAUUUCACUGGCGGCGGUUGGAGUCGGGGACUGCGUGAAGCUUCACUGGAAGCUACUGUGUUUUAUAGGAGAAGCACAUUCUUCAGAAAUGGACAAGAUAUAUUCAGACCCUAACAUGGAAAUUGAUAAUACAGAGCACAUCAGAGGGAAGCGACUGUCCUCUAUUUUAAAGGCUCCACGAAAUCCUCUUGAUGAUCUGGCAAAUGGGAAUGAAUUGACGCAGGAUCUCAAUACAGAAAAACGUAAGAAAAACUCUCGCCGUGUCAGCUUUGCGAACACCAUAAACUGCCGAGUCUUCCAGCGAGAUCUUAAGAAUAACACGGCAGAAAGAGAAAAUACAGAGUGUGCAGCAGAUACGAGGAAUGAUGUCCUGCUUAAUCAAAAUGAAGAACCUGAAGCUGUUCCGUGUGAGAUCACUGGGAUGAACACUUUGCUUCAUGCCCCUAUCCAGGCACUGGUGCAGCAGACCGAGUGGCCUGAUGCAGACAACACCAUUCAAAGAACAAAUAGGCAUGACACCACCCUCAUCUUUUCAGAUGAAAAUGAAAUGGAUAUGACAGCUAGUCACACUGCAGUGAUUACACGUAACCUGAAAAACAAUCAAGCUGACAAAACUGAGAAAAUAGAUAUCACAUCGUUUCUGGCUGAGUUAAACUCUAACAAUGGAAAGGCAGAAAUGAGCAAAGAAUUUCAUUUUUUCCCUGACCCUACAAACCAUACGUGCCCAUCUUUUGAACAGAAGAAAGAUGCUAUGACUGUAAAAAAAAUAGAUUUCAAUGAAUUUUUGAUGAGCCUGAAGUCAAACGAAAAGGCACUUAAUCCUGUUGAGGGACCUGAAAAAGAGAAUGUUUUCUUUGGCCCUUCACAAGUCUCAGAAGACAUGGCACAGUCGUCAAUGGAAUUUGUAUAUUCUCAUGAACCAGCGGACACCUGCAAUGUAACAAAAGUCUUUAGAGGGCAAGAGGAUGGGAUGGAAAUGACAAAAUGCCAGACGUCUGAUGUCAAAGCUAUGUUUUCUGGUAUUUGUGAAGCUCCACCAGAGCAAUUCCUGCAUGCAGAUGUUACUGAGGCAUUUGUAGAUGAUGGAAUGGAUAUGACAACCAGUCACACUGUAAAAAUGUCUUUUCCCUUCUCUGAUGUCAGAAAUCAAAGUCUGAACUUCAGAAAGGAUUUACCAUCCACAGAGUUAGACAAUUCUGUGGUAAAGAGAGCAUCUAACCAGCACUUAAUUGUUCAGCAUGACCCUCAACUUUGUACAGACAAAAAGCUAGUAAAUGUUGAAGACAGACAAGAACCUCCAGUGCCGCGGACUGUUAAGCAAGAGACCAGAACCAUGUCUGCCAUCCCAGGGUCCAUUUCUUCCGAGACUGUCUUCCGAGGUGAUAAAACUGUUGUUUUUUCUAAAUGUGAUGACAUGGAAAUUACUGACAAUUAUACACAUGUAAUCUAUAAUGACAGUACCAAAGAAAUGAACAGUUCAUGUCAUAAAACUUUUGAAAAGCCAGUAAAUACAAACUCUUUGCUAGCAGAAAACAGACAUCUGACACAUGGUGGUAGGGAUGUUACAAAGAGUCUAACAGCUUCAGAUAAUCAAGCUGUGUCGUAUAAAAAUAAUGCACUUGAACUAUCUUUGGGCUCAGAUGAACAAAUGGAAAAGGUGACCCAAGAUCCUGAGACUACUUCAGUGAACGUUGGGUUUGAUUCAUGUACAAAUUCAGGGGCUGCUGGUGUUUCCAUGAGUAGACUUCAGCACAGACCAGCCAACUCUCAACUUGUUUCUCUGCCAGGUGAGAGGAUGGUAAUAUUCUCUGGAGAAGAUACGAACUUGACUAAAACCUGUGUUGUCAGGGGUGAUGGAAAGAACAUUGAAAAUGAAUCUCCUGCUGGAGUGUUCACCUCUGCCCCCUGCAAACCUCACCUUCUUGAUAACAGAUCUACACCUCCCAGCUGGAAUGAACAGGCAGAAAUGGAAAUAACUAAAUGCCAUGCUGUUGUCACUGAUGAUCAAAGCGAUGGGAUAACUGCAGAAGCAAAACAAAUGCAUUGUAAAAUAAUUCAGAGAAAGAACCAGAACAAAAAUGUCAGUGAAGGUGCAAAUUCUUUAGAUAUGGACAAGGAAAAUCUGGAUGUGAUCACUAUCAAUGGGAAUAUUAAAAGAAACCAGACAAUAGAAAUUAAUACUGAAGAUGUUGAAGUGAGAAUGGUUGAUAAGAACCUUGGAAAAACAAACUUCCAAGCAAGCAGUCCAAGUUCCUGUGCAAAGAGUGUGUGUUCACUACAGGAGCAAAAGAGAGAAGUCCCUGAAAAUACUGUCACCGACACCUGUGCAUUCAUCUCUUUGCAAAAUCAAAAAGUUGGUAUGUCUCAGCCUUUGGGAAAAAUGCUUCCAGAUGCUGCAGUUUGCACAAAUGACAAAGAGGACAUGUUUUCAGAUGAUGAAAACAUGGAUAUAACCAAAAUUCAUGCUACUGCUUUUGAUGUUGCUCCUGUUAAUACAAUACAGGAAUAUGAGAAUAAUCAUAAUGAAAAUAAUACAAUAUCCAAGCAGCUGCAAAACCAGACCUUUCAGUUUUCUGGUAGUUCUGCUGUAGAUAUCGCAAGUCAGACUGCAGCAAUAAAAUGUGAGGACUUGAACACAAAUAAGCAAGCUGCUACACCUUUGGCUCCAAAUAGUUCAUUUAUUUCCGGUAAUGAGCCUGCUCCCUCUGGAAUAAAAGGAAACGAACAACUUGGAACAGUAUUAGGAAGAAAUGCAGACUGCCAGAACUCAGAGAAGCAAGAGAAAACCCACACUGUGAAGGCAGUAACCAAAGUAUUGCCAAUUCAAGUAGAUUCUGAGAGACAUUUUUCAAUUGGUAAAACAGUUUAUUCAGAAGAAGAUUUGAAAAGUUCUCACUCACUCGAUGGCCUGCACGUGAGGGGUGCUGGAGAGUCAUUACUCACCAGGACAUCUGAACCACCUGAGGGAAGUUCCCAAUUGCCUUUGUUUUCAGAAAAGUCAGUUGUAUUUCCCUCUGGUGAGAACAUGGACUUGACUGGAAACUGUGCGGGAAUGGUUCCCAAUUACAACAUCAGUGCUGUUUCAUCAGAAAGAAAAGCCAUACCUGGAUACCUUGUUCAAGAUGAAAAUAAAAUAAUGCCCUUAAAAGGGGUCAUGAUGACAAGAAAUAGUCAGGAGCAGUCUCUCUGCCGUGUGUACUCCUUGGCAUCUGGCAAGAAAAUGUUCACCACAAGUGCUUUAAAAUGUCUGCCUCUUGCAGAUGAGCAAACUACUAUCUUUUCAGAAGAUGCUGAUAUGGACAUCACCAGAAGUCAUACAGUCUCAGCAGACAAAGUAAUUUUGCAGCAUAAAAGUUCAAAUGAUGACACAUGCUUCAUUUCUGGAGAUAAAACUUGUGUUUUUACCUACAAUGAUGACAUGGAAAUAAGUAGACUUGAUACUGUUAUAAUUGAUAAAUGUAUGGAAAAGGUUGCAUCUCAGGGGAUGCUUAACAUGGCUAAGAGGACUGGAAGGAAAAGCUUGAAGGAAACAACAGGGGAAAAGACUGUUUUAUUCUCACUGAGUGAUGAGAAUAAUGACAUGGAGAUCACAAAGAGCCAUACGGCUACAAUAGGCCAUGAAGUUGUCUCACAGAAUGAGGAUGGGCUUUGUUCUCCAUGUCAUCCUGUUAAAACUGUUACGUUCACAAGUAGCCAGGCUGACGUGGAGAUCACCAAGUCUUGCUCUGCUGAUAAAAUAACCGUCAAAAUUGUAUGUGAUGAUAAACCAAACUUGAGUAAAGAAGUUGGACAGCAAGUGCUUUCCAAUAGUGAAGCUACAGUGUUUGCUGUGGAUGAUAUUGACAUCACCAGAACCCGUAAUGGAGCUUUGGAAGAAAAUCCUCUGCAAGGAGGGCGACCCAAUCCAUCCAUUCCUUUAAAUUCCACCAUUAUGUUUACGAGUUACCAGGCUGACAUGGAAAUGACUGGUGGAUUAAACCCGGCUGCUUCAGGUAGCAAAACCAUCAUUUUUACUUCAGCUGAGGAGAUGGAGAUCACUGCAACUCCUACAGCUGUAUUAAGUGGGGAAAUGAAUGUACAGGCCGGAGAGUCCAUUCCAGCCAUUUCUGCAGCUCCUGCUGAUAAAACCAUUGUGUUUAUGCACAACCAAGAUGAUAUGGAAAUAACUGCAUCCCAUACUAUUGCUCUUAAUAACAAUAUUAAUGGCUUUGAGAACGAGGAACUGUCACAUAAAAGGACUCAGCAACCAGACUUGCAUAGUGUGUUGUUGUCUUCUUGCAGAGAUGAAGAAGAUUCCUCAUGUACAAAAGACCUGAGUGGUGAAUAUCAUGCAAAAUCUGAGGAUAAGCCCAGCCUUACCUCUGCUUCGUCAGCCUCAGAGUCUCCUAUUGAGCAAGGAGCUAUCAAAGUCCCCAGUAGCACAACACCAGAUUCUGUUUAUUCUGUCUCCCUUCCAGAAGAGACUGUGGAUGUGCGGGCACUACAGGAUCUUGACCUUCCCACGGAUAAUUCUGUCCCUGUAAACAGUCAGCAGGAUCUAAUACCUCCAGAAAACCUCAAAUCAAAGGGAGAAUCUUUCAAGCUUCCAAGUAAUGAGCCUAUGGGUCGCAGUGAAGAAAGUGGUGAUUUGGUACCCCAUGUUUCACUUCCCAUCCAGCAGUCAGAUUCUUUGGAGGGUUCUCCAUAUGCAUGUAGUACUCAGAGAAACCAAGUAUUGAAGGAUGAUUCAUCUAGACAUGAAGAUUUAGCUACAGAUUUAGGCUUAGCUGGAGCAGGCCUUGUUCCAGUUUCUAACAAGGAAUCAAAGGAGAAUGAAGGGCUGUCAGCUGAAGGGGAGACACCUCCAAAAGACUUUGAUAUAAACUCUGAACAAAUUAAGCCACCUUUGGUCAGUCCAAGAGACCACAUAGGUCCCACUCUUGCACCUGAAUUAUCAGGUAUUUUAAAUGUUUGUUCAAAACUGAAAAAUAUUAGAAGGAAAUCUACAGUUCUCUCUGUUUCUGAAACUGCUUUUUCUGAUGAAUUGCCCAAAACAUCAACUCAGUCAGAGGAUAGCUUCACGUUAGGAAAAGAUACUGUAAAUGAACCAAAUAAUUUAUUUUAUACCAAAGAGCAGGAGAACACAUGUCUUGAAUCUGGAGCUGCUCCCAUAGAUGUGAAUUUAGGCAUGGCACUGAAGGAUAAAUAUCUAGGAAUAAAUGUCCCUCUAGGUAUAUUCCAGCCUAAAUUACCAAACAGAAGAAAUCCUUCAGUUUCUAGUAUACAAGACAUAAAUGCAAAGUCUUCAGACAAAGGAGAAGCACCAGUUUCAGAAGUAACUGUAAAAGCUGGUGAAACCCCAGAUAAGAACAGGCCUAGUAGGCAGAACUUUAGUCCUUCUCAGUUUAUAGCAGAAGAAUUUCUUCCUGUCUGCCUAGAAGAAAUGGAUUCAAAUGAAUCUGUAAGCUCGGAACUCAUGGAAAAUGCUUGCCAUGAGAUAAGCGAAAAACAAGUCUCCCACACUGAAAAGAAUCCAUUUGAAGAGACAAGAACUUGCAACACAAAAAGAGCUUUGGAACAAGAUGAAGAGGGUCUUCAAAGUCCAAAGAAGGUCAAGAGGGAUGGAAACUUGGGUGGCGAGGCCUCUCAAGACUUGCAGGUUAUUUUUGGUGCUGUGUCUCAAAGCCAAGAAGAAGUUCAUGAAGCUGAAGAUCCUCCAAAUCUCUCAGCUAAAAGCCCUGAGUGUACUCAUGCCAGCACCAGCAGCUCUCUGGACUCUGUUAAGGCUGACACAGAACUAACAAUUCAGCGAAGCAGUCAGAUGGAGUCUCAGCUUCUCACAGACAGCAUUUGUGAAGAUAAUUUACGGGAGAAAUUUCAGAAUGGUACUAUCACAGUUGGGGAGUUUUUUACGCUUCUUCAAGUCCAUGUUCCGAUUCAGAAGCCCCGCCAUAGCCAUCUUCCAGCCACUUGUGCAGCCAGUGCACCACUUACUCCAGAAGACCUCAUGUACAACCAAUAUGUUUAUCGUCCCAAGCUGCGUAUUUAUGAAGAAGAUUGUCAGGCCCUUUCUCAGAUGAUAGAGGAGUUAAAACCUUAUGCAAAUGUCCAGGAUCAACUCUUGGUGAAUGUGAAUAAGAGUCUGUGGGAAGUAAUGAGAACCUGCUCUGAUGAAGAGCUGAAGAACUUUGGAGCAGAGUUGAACAAAAUGAAAUCCUAUUUCAUCAAGGAGAGUAAAAUCUUGGCUCACAAUGAGAAAGCGAUACUGUACAGCAAAUUGCUGCAAAGCGCACAGGAGCAACAUAGAAAGCUACAGUCCCAAAUGGAAGAGAUGGAUGAAUUGCUGAAGGAGGCAGAGAGCUGUCUUGUUGCUCUGGAAGCAGAUUCUGACUGGGAAGAACCAGAAGAAGACUUCAGUGAUGAAAUCGUAGAAGGGAAGAACCUAGAGGAAGAAUUGGAAAGCCUCAAAGGCCAAGGAGAGGCACUUCAAAGAAAACUGUCAGAUGUGGAGGCUCAGAAUGAGCAAAUGCUUGUCCAGAUGAACCAGCUAAAGGAAGAAGAAAAAAGCUGCCAGGAACACUUGGAGAAAUAUGACUUCACUGAGUGGGAGAUUACUGAAUGGUGUGAACAGCAGGCAGUCUUUAGUUUUCUUUAUGAUUCUAUUGAACUCACAGUGGUGUUGGGACCCCCAAUAGAUGGUGAUGUUUUUGGUAAAGAUCCUUCCAGAAAGAUAGUUAGCCUGAACUUUGAAUCUCUCUUGGAUGAGGAAAAAGCUCCACCCUCCUCAUGUUUAGUCCAAAGACUCAUCUUCCAGUUUAUUGAAAGUCAGGGAUGCUGGCAGGAAAAGUGUCCCACACUGUACUACUUGCCCCAGGUUCUUCAUGACAUCUCUUUGGUGGUGCGUCACUGCAGGAUUUUAGGAGAGGAGAUUGAAUUCCUGGAGAGAUGGGGUGGAAAAUUUAAUCUUCUGAAGACAGCUAUUAGUGACACAAAAGUGAAGCUUUUGUUCUCUGCUUCUGCAGUUUUUGCAAAGUUUGAGGUGACCCUGUCACUAUCAGCCAACUACCCAUCUGCUUCACUGCCUUUUACUCUCCAAAACCAAAUUGGGAAUAUUGGGGAGGAGGAAGUUUCUGCUGUUCUCUCCAGUGUACCAGUUGGUUACCACUAUCUGCGAAGAAUAGUCAGCUUGAUUCAUCAAAAUUUGCUCCAGCAUCCCAGAUGAUUCUCUAGAUCCACAUGCAGGACUGAAGAAGUUGGACUGGACACUCUUUGAUUUUAGUCUUGUAAGAAUUCGAGCUGCCUUUCACCAGAACGGGAGUGCUGUUAGCUGCACAGCUCUUUAGUAACUGUGUCUAAUACUUGCCUGACAUCCAGGAUGCUUGGUGUAGGCCACAAGUUUGUACAAAACCAGAGGUGUCUAAAGAGGAGAAGGAAGAAUUUAUUUUGUCUUUUAUAAAUCCAGUCUGCCUUUUAUCUUGUUUCAGUCACUGGUGGUCUUGGCCUCCUUGUAUAUGUAGUCCUUCCUAGUAUGGAUAUUCUUCUGACAUAGCAUGUUAGUUUUGUUCUGGGUUGAUUUACAGAGCUCUUGUAUAAAGCAAUAAUGAAUAUUUUCUAAAUUAACAUGACUGGAAUUUACUUUCGCUAUCAUUACUUCCCUACUGUGUAUCAUUUCACGUAUCACAUCGCGUUUGAUUUUUAGCAGUUUCCUGGAACCCUUCCCAAAACACAGAAACUGUAGUCCUCCUUCCGAUUAACCAGACAACCUGUAAUAAUUAACCAGGUCGCCAAAGUCAGAAAUACUUGAAGACUAAAGAUCCCUGUGCUUGGCAACAGACUCAGAGCCAUCAGGUUCCCUCUGUGAUCCUCUCCAGCCACAAGUUUGUUCUGAGAUUCAGUGGCUGUCCAGCACCACCUGCCCCGCGGUUCUGGGACCCUGUCGGAGUGUGUAAUGUGUUUAGAACUUUAGCAAGGAGACUGAGCCAUUUACAUGUAGAAGGAAUGGGUAAUAUCGUUGGUGCAGUCUAGAUUGCUUUUGUAUAUAUUUUGUAUAUUAUGUAGGUUGACCUUUGGAACUGAUUAAACUCCGACUGAGUGUAUCGUGUAGAAGUGCCUCCUGUCUCUCAGCUGGCCAUUCUGUAGGCAGAUGCAAAUUUUUGUAUCUGUAAAAUAUGUUGAAUUUAGAACUCUUUUCAUGUGUUUGAGUACUUACAUAUUUUUGUCUUUUUACAAGUUUUCCUUCUAUUUGGA